CUGACCCGAUCGUGUCGGAUUCGGAGUCGGGGCGAUUGGGCAGGAACUGGAUGGAAUAUCAAGGGGUCCGGAACUGGGAAGGGCUUCUGGACCCACUGGACGAUACCUUACGCAGUGAGAUCAUUCGAUACGGACACUUCGUCGAUGCCGCUUAUAAGGCUUUCGAUUUCGACAUCUCUUCGCCUUCUUACGCUUCUUGCCGCUACCCCAAGAGCUCCCUGUUCGAACGCUCCGGCUUCGCCCGCACCGGUUUCCGCCUGACCAGGAACCUGCGCGCCACCUCCGGCAUCCGCCUGCCGCCCUGGGUCGAGAGGGCUCCCGCCUGGAUGGCCACCCAGUCCAGCUGGAUUGGCUACGUGGCAGUGUGCCAGGACAAGGACGAGAUUUCCCGGCUGGGCCGCCGUGACGUGGUGGUGGCCUUCCGUGGCACCGCCACUUGCUUGGAGUGGCUCGAGAAUCUCCGGGCCACUCUCGCGCCGGUGCCCAAUGCAGGCUCCGGCGGCACAGAGACAGAGCCUAUGGUGGAGAGCGGCUUUCUCAGCUUGUACACUUCUGGGACCGAGACCAGCCCCAGUUUACAGACUUUGGUGAGGGAAGAGAUCAAGAGGCUGCUCCAAAGCUACGGCGACGAGCCGCUGAGCUUGACGAUCACCGGGCACAGCCUCGGGGCGGCCCUGGCCACGCUGACAGCUUACGACAUCAAGACAACAUUCAGCCGGGCGCCGUUGGUGACCGUCAUCUCGUUCGGCUGCCCGCGCGUCGGGAACGGGAGCUUCCGCCGGUGCCUGGAGAAGCAGGGGACGAAGGUGCUCCGGAUAGUGAACUCCGACGACCCGAUAACAAAAGUCCCUGGCUUCGUCAUCGACAAAAGACCCAAUAACCGGCCAGAAAUGGCAAUGGCGUCGAGUGGGAGUCUACCGACAUGGAUCGGGAGAAGCGUGGAGCAGACCCAGUGGGUGUACGCGGACGUGGGGCGGGAGCUGCGGCUGAGCAGCCGGGACUCGCCGUACGUGGCCGGCGGCAAUGUGGCGGUAUGCCACGACCUGAAAACGUACCUCCACCUUGUGAACGGGUUCGUGAGCUCCGGCUGCCCAUUCAGGGCCACUGCGAAGAGGAUGAAGAUGAUGAAGAAGAAGAAAACAGGGACAGCGGCUUAAUUAAUUAAUUAAUUAUUAAUAGAAGUAGAGGGCACGGAUGAACUUAAAAUUGUACAUAGAAAGGGUAUAACUUGGUACGAAUAAGAAAGAUAGAAAGAAAAUAAAAGCUUCCGGAGAUUAAUU